AUGUCGGGGAUGGAGAAGGGAGGAAGCAGAGGGUUUUAUUUUAACACUGUCUUGUCUUUAGCUCGUUCAUUAGCCACUCACCGCCCUGCACCAAUCGAAAAGGUCAGAAAGCUACAAUGCAUGUGUCCAGUAGAAGUGCGUGGCAUGUUCACUCUGGAUGUGAGGAGGAGGGACGCAGUGAUCGCCCUCGGAGUCUUCCUGGUGGAAUCUGGAUUACAGCACAAAGAAAUAAUUGUCCCCUAUUUACUGAGCCUGUUGAAGGGGCUGCCGCAAGUGCAGUGGAUUGAGGAAAACUCCAGAAAACAUGGAAAGGACGGUCUUCCUGUUGCUGAAAACUUUGUGUUCUGUUUGGUGACGCUUUUGGCAGACGUCGCUCAGCAAGAUCCUGGUUUCAGGAAUGAGAUUUUAAACAGCUUAAUGGAGGUCAUGAAUCAAUUACAAGAGAUGUGCCAAACCCCCGAUAACCACGACAAAGUGUCGCUGUGCAGAUAUGUGGUGCCGAGCCUGCUGGGCGUGAGUCGGGCGUUUGGGCGUUACAGCGUCACGGAGGAGGCUCUUCUGUCCAAACUGUUUCCCAAAGACUCUCCUCCGGCUGCGUCUGUGGUGGAGGAGCCCGAAGGAGUGCGCCGCCGCUCCUUCAACGACUUCCGCUCCAUCCUGCCCUCCAGCUUCCUGACAGUCUGCCAGAGCGACACCCUGCGGCGGCGAGCGGGCAGCAGCCACGGCAGCUUCACACAGGUUUGCCAAGAUCCCGGCCACUCGCCCUGCUCUCCCACAGCUCCAGUUCCUCACAGUUUUGAAGGCUUGUACCUCACAGAAAGCAGCACAGUGGACCCAAACCUGUACUUCUCCACGGUCAGCUCCAGUUUCUCCAUGUCUCCUCUGUUCCUGUGCGCCGAGGAGCAGGAGGUGGAGGUGUCCAUGGAUGUCCUCAGGCAGCUCCUGGACCUGGUUCAAAAGUUGGUUUCAGAUUCGUUCUUGCAGUCGCUGGACACCACAGUCUCUGAGGUCACACAGUCUCACCCUGGGAUCCAUCUGUUCUACAAAACCUUCAGUGACCCUCUCUAUGUGUGUGUGUUCAAAAUGCUGCGGGACACACUCAAGUACAUUCGAGUUUUACCGGCGGCUUUCGUUCGGGAAGUGCACGACUUUGCCCUGGCGGAGUUCAGCAGCAGUCAGUCGGAGCUGCAGAAGGUCCUCCACGACACCGGGGGGCUCCCAGUGGAACAGAGCCCCCUCAAACUCCGCUGCCAAGCCAUCGCGGCCUGUGUGGACCUGAUGGUGUGGGCCGUUAAAGACGAACAAGGGGCAGAGAAUUUGUGCACGAAGCUUUCAGAGAAACUCCAGUCCAAAACCUCCAGCAAAGCCAUCAUCGCCCACAUGCCCCUGCUCAUCUGCUGCCUACAGGGCAUUGGGCGUCUGUGCGAGCGCUUUCCCGUCGUGGCGAACUCUCUCACUACCUCACUCCGAGAUUUCCUGGUCGUCCCUUCACCCAUUCUGGUUAAACUCCACAAGUACCACAGUCAGUACAGCACAGGCACAGGGGAGAUCCGGAUCAGUGUGACGAACGAGUAUUCCCAGUCCACUCUGAACUUCCUGUCAAACAGAAAGGACCAACCAUCGAUGUACGAGCAGCUCAGAGAUAUAGCCCUGGACAAUAUCUGCAGAGGUCUAAAGGCGGGACUGACAAAAGACGAUGAUAUUGUCAAAGCUUUUCUGGCCGGUUUAUCCAUCCGUCUUUACAAUUCACAAGACAACGACAAGGACGCACACCUGAUACCGGACCACACUAUCAGAGCCUUGGGCCACAUCGCGGUCGCUCUGAGAGACUCGCCUAAAGUCAUGGAACACAUUCUUCAAAUCCUGCAGCAAAAGUUCUGUCAGCCGCCGUCGCAGCUGGACGUCCUGAUCAUCGACCAGUUCGGCUGCAUGGUCAUCACAGGAAACCUGUACAUCUACCAAGAAGUGUGGAAUCUCUUCCAGCAGAUCAGUGUGAAAGCAAGUUCAGUUGUUUACUCUGCUGCUAAAGACUACCAGGAUCAUGGAUACAGACACUGUUCGUUGGCAGUAAUCAACGCUUUGGCUAACAUUGCCGCCAACCUCAAUGAAGAGCAGCUCGUGGACGAACUGAUGGUGAACCUUUUAGAACUGUUUGUCCAGUUGGGUCUGGAGGGGAAGAGGGCCAGCGAGAGGGCCUCCGAUAAGGGACCGGCUUUGAAAGCAUCAAGUAGCGCUGGAAACCUCGGAGUCCUUAUUCCAGUCAUCGCUGUGGUGUCUUCUUCAAACAUUGGGAUGCCCCAGGGUUCAACCUUCGUGCCGGCCCACUUCUCUUCCCCUUGGGGCUGUUUAGUUUAG